AUGUUAGAUGAAAUUCAUAGACAAGAACGUGAAGAGAUGGAAAAGAAACUUCAAGCAAAAGAUGAAGUCAUUGAAUCCAAAGACAAAAACAUACAGAAAAGAAUACCACGUUCGGUACCAAAAGGAAAGGAAAAGAACUAUAAGUAUAUGAUUUAUACUGAAGAGAUGGAAAAUGAAGAAGACAGAGAUAUGGUUAUGUUGCAUUUAGUCAGAAGAAACAACAAAAGCUUUUACGACCUUGCUAAGAUUUACAAAUCUGACAGAAAUUGGUUCUAUCGCGAAAACUUACCGAUUUCAAUGACACCAAAUGAAGAUGUGAAACAAAUAGUUCAAGAUACGUUACCUCAAACACACUAUGAUAUUAAAGGUUGUACAAUACUUACCUUCAAAGAAGAUUUGCCGCUACUGAAAGAAAAAAUAACAGAGUAUUUUGACAACUUCAAACAAGCAGAGUAA